UAUAAGAAAACUUAGCUUUUAAACUUAACUCAAGGCAGAAAACAACUUCUGGACUCAUGAACUUCUGAACCUAACUCAGAGACAAAGAAACUUGAUUGAGGCAGUUAUAGAAUAGAAUCAGAUAUAGAAAGAAAUCAAAUAGAAAAUGAACAUUUGAUUUUUCUCAGAGGUGAAGAAAAACUUCCCAUUAAUUAAAGUUAUCUAGAAGCAGAAAUGACUGUCUGGGAAGGGAGUGGGUUCUAUUUAUUAGAUGGCUUCAGAUGAAAGACGUGUGUGUGCUUGUUGGAUACAUUGUAUAGAGGACGGUUUUAUGUGUCUGAGUUCCCAGAAGUGGACUUUCUGAGCUCUUUCACAACUCUGAGAUAAUGCAAUUCUUUUCUAUUGUAUAAUAAAUUGUCUUUGUUGAGAGGAAAGAAUGAGUCAGUUGUGUGUUUAAGGAAACCGGGAAUCUCACUAGCCAGAACCCUUAGCAACUGGAUGUGUUUGACAGGGAAACAACCUGCCAAAGCAGUUCUGUUACCAUGAUUGCAGGAUCCAGGAUCUCUUUCUUUGCUAUAAGAGACCCUUUGCAAGAGGAAGGGGUUCUUGGGAUUUCCCCAUUGUUGGUUUCUCUCCAAUCCUCUAUCCUCUUAUCAGUGAAUGGAACUCAAAAAGGAAAUUGCUUCUGUCUAACUUCAUGAAUUCCGAAAUUAGAGGAGGGAGGAGGGAUAGGGAAAAAGGAACGAGAAUUCCACCUCCAAAAUAUCAGGGCUUUUUCUGAUAGCGUUUUCUGACACAGGAAUACCUUGGAGAUAUUGUGGGUUCAGUUCCAGACCAUUGCAAUAAAGUGAUACUUUUGUCACACACAUGUUUUGGUUUCCCAGUGCAUAUACAAGUUAUGCUUACACUAUACUGUAGCCUAUUAAGUGUGCAAUAAUGUCUAAAAAAAAAAACCCAGUGUACCUACUUAAUUAAAAAAUACCUUAUUGCAAAAAAAAAAAAAUGCUGUCAUUUGAGCCUUCAGUGAGUUAUAAUCUUUUUCAUGGUAGAGGGUUUUGUCUCAGUGUUGAUUGAUCAGGGUUGCUGAAGGUGGCCGUGGCAAUUUCUUAAAAUAAGACAACAAUGAAGUUUGCCACAUUAAUCUACUCUUCCUCUCAUUUGAGUGCUUAGAGAUCAUUGUAUACUUAUUAACUGGCCUAAAUUCAAUAUGAUUGUGUAUCAGGAAAUAGAGAGGCCUGAGGAGAGGGAGAGAGAAGGAAAUGGCUGGUUGGUUGAGCAGUCAGAACACACACAAUAUUUAUUGAUUAAAUUUGCUGUCAUACUAGCUGGCUGUUACAUAAGAUGUACAAGGGAUUCUUGUCCCAAUGUGGAUUAACAUCAGAUGGCUUUCCAAUUCUCAGAUUCUCUAAUAAUGUGAGGUUAUUUGAAAGUAGUCCAUCCAGGUGUCAAUUCAGGGAUUAUGUUAGAAUCAUGGCAGUAGGCAUAGAGAAAAAGUAGAUCUGAAAGAUAAUAUAACAUCCAGUAAUUUACCAGAUGCUGUCAAGUCAGACAAGAAGCAUUCAUUAGGCUCUUACUAUGUACCAGGGUAUAUGUGAAGCACUGGAGACAGAGAAACAUUUCAAAAGUCCUUGAUUUUAAGAACCUCCCAGUCCAAUAAGAGAGACCAUAUAUAAACAACAACAACAACAAAAGUUUGCCAUCAUAUAUGGUUGUGGUUUGUGGCACCCCGAAACACUUACAAUAAUAACAUCAAAGAUCACUGAUCACAGAUCACCAUAAUAGAUAUAAUAAUAGUGAAAAAGUUUGAAAUAUUGUGAGAAUUACCAAAAUGUGACAUAGAGUACACAAUGUGAGCACAUUAUAUUGGAAAAUGGCACCAAAGGACUUGCUUGCCACAGACUUGCCACAAACCUUCAAUUUGUAAAAAACUCAAUAUCUAUGAAGCACAAUAAAACAAGAUAUGCUUGUAUUUGCUUUCACAUUUCUUGGCAUGAUAAUUAUAGGUCCGUGUAUCUGUGUGUUUCUCGGAAGGAAUUCUGAAUAGGGUUCAGGAAGUUCUUUCAUCACUUAGAUAUCCUUUGAUUUACAAACCUUAACUAGUUUUUUUUUGUUUUGUUUUUUAGUGAAAUCAAUAUACUUUAUGUUCAGUGUUACCUCCUUUGGAAAUUGUAGAUUUUUUGCAGGAUUCCUUUUCCUAUGAGGACAUAUUGCCAUGUCUUUUCUUUUCUGCCUGACAGCACUAUUCUUUAACAAGGAGAAAAUGAAUGAAAGGACAGAUGCUGAUUUGAGGGAAAGUGGAGAAUAUGAAGAUGACUUUGAAAAGGACCUUGAGUGGUUAAUUAAUGAAGAAGAAAAAAACCACAUCGGCAUGAUUGAGAUGUCUAGUGAAAAGGAAGAAGUUGCCAACCAAGAACUCAAAGAGGACGAUAAAGGAGAAGAGGAUACAAAACAGCUUCCUGACCAUGACAAAGUGUCAAAGGAUGAGAUGUCACCGAGGCAAAAUAACUUCAUCUCUGUACCUAGCAUUCAACCUUUGGAUCCUGUAUCUGAUUCAGAUAGUGAAAACUCAUUCCAGGAGAGCAAGAUGGAAAGCCAAAAGGAUCUUGAUGAUGAUGAUGAGGAUGAGGAAGUAAAGCGAUACAUCAUGGAAAAGAUUGUAACGGCUAACAAGAUUCUGGAGACUCAAGAGCCUGUCAACGAAAAGAGAGAAAGAAAACUUAAAUUCAAGGACAAGUUAGUAGAUCUGGAAGUGCCCCCGCUGGAAAAUACGGAAAGUUACAGAAAUGAUAAUGAAAAUGAGAGAGAUGUGUCUGGGAAACUGUCACAGCUAUGUAUUUCUGGUGAGCGUAGACCAGAGAGUGUGCUCCUUUCGCCGACUAAUGGCAGUAGUGAGGAAUAUAAGGAUGGAAAGAUACUAGUGGAGAGAGAUGGGAAGUUUGAGCUUCUGAGUUUACAAGACAUUGAGAGCCAAGGCUUUUUGCCCCCCAUUAAUGUUAACGUUACUGAGAUCGAAAGUCAGCAGUUACCACCUCGAUCUUCCAACUCAGCUACCAAUGGGAUUAUUGGGAUUAAAAAGGAAGACCUCCUAGGAAAGCCACAUGUUAUCACUCACACAUCCACAAGUGAACCGCUGGUUUAUUUUCCCCAGCCUCCACCCAAUCCCAAAUACCGUCCAAGCUCAGCAGUUAACACACGAAGAAGCAAAGGGAGUGGAAAAUCUAACCGCGGAGUACAGUCCGCAGAAAUAUCACCAAUAAACUCAACAUACUGUCUUUCACCUCGACAGAAAGAGCGGCAAAAACAGAUAGAACUGAGGAAGGAAAAACUAAGGAGAGAGGAAGAACAACGGAAAAGAGAAGAGGAGAAGGAAAAGAAACGAGAGAAUGAAAUGGUCUUUAGAGCUUGGUUGCAAAAGAAAAAGGAACACUUUAUGGAAAUGAGAAGAAUUCAGAGGGCAAAGGAAAUGGAAGACAUGAAUAGCAGACAAGAAAACAGAGAUCCCCAGCAAGCUUUCCGAUUGUGGCUUAAAAAAAAGCACGAAGAACAGAUUAAAGAAAGACGGAUUGAAGAACUGAGGCGACAGGAGGAGUGUUUGUCCUUUCUUAGAGGGGCAGAAGGCCGUGACAGGGCAUUUAAACAAUGGCUGAAAAGAAAACGAAUAGAGAAGCUGGCGGAGCAGCAGGCUGCCAAAGAGAGAGCCAGGCAGCUGCGCAUCAAAGCCUGGCGAUCCAAACAGCUACAGAACCUCCUUUACAUCAUUUCAGAAACUAAACCCUUUCGUUUUACCAAUCAUUACAGUUGAAGGUUCCUGUCUGCACCGGAUCCUUACAUCGGUAGCCAGUGUCCCCUCACAGCGGCAGAUGUCAUUCCUUGUUCUGAUCUGUGUGCUUUGGUCAUCUCCUAAAUGAUGGGAAAAUAUAUUCAUCCUUCAGUGACAGUGAAUUUAUCUAUUUUUUUAAAAUUCUAGAACUGAAUAAAUGCCUUUUAUUUCACUGUUGUAAAGUAUUCCACAUGCAUUGUU